AUGGGUCGAGAAAAAAUAUUUUUGUGGCUGAUUUUGCAUUUUUGUAUUUUCGUCGUUUUGAGUAACGGAGUUCGAUGCGAUGGCUCAGAGGUUACUUUGAAGUUAUUGACUACUCCGCGUGAAUUCACAAACCGGAAUUUUGCGAAUUUUGCUUUUCAAGUUUUGGCCGGUGGUAAUGGUGACAUUUGUGCGGAUUGUUCAACUAGUUGUAAGUUGGAUGAUUAUGUGCCUGCAGUUUGUGAAGGUGGAGAAGUUUCUUACACACGGUUGCUUGAUGGAAAUCAUACUUUUGAAGUUUGCACCAAUGGAUCUCUUGGAGUUGGAUGUGCUCACUAUAACUGGACUGUUGACACUAUCCCCCCUACAGCCUACAUUACCACUCCAACAUCUUUUACAAAUGCUUCCAAUGUUUCAGUGGACAUAACUUUCACUGAGCCAUGUUGGAGCCAAGGUGGUUUCGGAUGUGCUUCCACGAAUUCCUGCAAUCUUCUCGUUUAUGGAGCUGGACAGGUCGUGCCAAACACACUCAAUGUUAUUGAGCCAGACCUAAAGUUUUCUGUUGUCGUGAGUCUGUCUACACGUGAUCAGUAUGGAAGAGUGAUCUUGGUAAUGGAUAAAAACUUCUGUUCGGACCCUGCUGGAAACAAAUUUAGAAGGACGGACAAUUCAAGUUUAUUUAUACAUUUUGAUAGAAGGACAGUGUUCGCUGACAUAAGGACUCGUAUACCUGAAAGGCUACUUCAAAUUGACAGUGAAACGAGAACCGUGCGAGCAACAAAUAGUACUGAAAACAUGGAGGUGUAUUUGUACUUUAAUGAACCAAUUUCCAACUCAUCUACGGAAAUUUUGAAUUCCCUGAGCAUAAGUCAGGGAUUGCUUACUCCCAUUAGUGGAAAUAGCUUUGGAGAACGUAGAUUUGGAUUUCAGGUUAGAGGUAUAUCACAGACAGCCAUAGUGACAUUGAGCGUAAGAUCAGACUUAAUAUUGAGCUGGCAGGGAACCUCCAUUGCUCCUGUAGCUCCUGUUACUUUUCUAUACGAUAUGCAACGGCCUGCUGUCAGGUUGAGCACAACAUCUAGGAUGAGGACCUGUGACGAGCAAAUUCCUGUACUGAUAAAGUUCGUUAAGCCAGUGUUUGGCUUUAAUAGUUCUCAUGUAUCCAUCUCUGGAGGGCAGUUGCAGAGCUUUCAAGAAAUGAGUAGAAGCAUGUACACUGUCAAUAUACAAGCCAGAGAUGAUUUUGUUUCUGUGAGCAUCCCUGAAAAUGUAACUGGUGAUGUUGCUGGAAACAUGAACCUACAAUCUAAUAUUCUCCGGCUCAAGCACUAUACUGUACCGGUAAUAUCUGAAGUGCUUUCCAUCUUGGCAACUUCUGCUUUCGUGGUUACGUCUUUUGCAGCAGGGCUCCUCACAGUUUCAACCGCAAGCCUCCAAUCUGUUGGUGCAUACUCAAGACCAAGCUCUUUAAUGACAUCUGAUCCUGCUAGAAAUCUUUUUAGAAUAGCUUGUCACAUCCAGUUUUUUGCGUUGACGAGAUGGUUGCCAGUUACCUUGCCAGUUGAAUACUAUGAAUUUGCUAGAGGCCUGCAAUGGAGUGUUCCCUACUUCAGUCUCCCAUGGGAAAUGGGAAGCAUGCAUCAAUUUAUGAUGGGACCGGGUUCAACAACAGACCCUCAUUCAUACGGCUCUAAAAUCAAUGAUUUUGGAAUGAAGCCAGGCAAAUACAAUGUUAACAAAGCUGCAGCAUUAUAUGGGUUGCCACUUAGUCCUAUGGAAUAUAGAUCAAUCUUCGGGAGCCAGGAUCUUCUUCCGGAAGCUCAGUAUAUCGUGGAUCCAAAAUAUUCUAAUGGGUGGAGGGAUUUCAACAGAAGCAUGUUUUGGUUAGCUGUUAUUGGGGGCAGCUUGAUAUUGUUGCAUGCUUUGGUCCUUUUUGUUUUAAGACUGAGAAAGGACAGAGAAAAAAAGUGGAGCUAUGGAGCCUUGGUUUUUCCAAGAUUUGAGAUCUUUCUUACAAUUCUGGCUAUACCUUGCAUUUGCAAAGCCUCAGUAAAUGUAGUUAAAGGAGGAUCAUCUGCAGGAAUUGCUGUUGGCAUUUUGCUGUUGGGAUUAGUAUCAUUUCUAUUGUUAGCAUUGUUUUUGUUCCUCUCUAUUGGAAUAACAUUAGGGAAGCUACUGCAGUAUAAGGAGGUGCACCAAGUAGGGCAGAAAUUCCAUUGGUAUGAAGAAUUAGUCCGAGUUACCCUAGGUCCUGGUAAAAGAGGUCAGUGGACAUGGAAAAAUUCGCGCGAUUCUAGACAUAUAGUCAUGUUUGGGCCUCUGUUUGAGGAUCUAAGGGGUCCACCAAAGUAUAUGCUCUCUCAGAUUGCAGUAGGAAAUCCUAACAAGCAUCCUGACAAAGUCAUUGCAACAGACGAUGAGACGGAAGAUGCGGAAGCACCUUGCAUCCAGAAGUUGUUUGGGAUUCUAAGAAUAUACUUCACAUUUCUUGAAUUUGUGAAGCGUGUUUGCCUUGGAAUUGUUGCUGGUACUUAUUUGAAGAAUUGGUCUUCAAAAUCUCCCAUAGUUGUCCUGCUUACCAUCACUUCUUUCCAGCUAUUCUUCAUGCUUCUGAAAAAGCCUUUCAUUAAAAAAAAGGUUCAGCUGGUUGAGAUCAUCUCAGUUGCCUGCGAAACAGGUAUUUUCGCUGCUUGUAUUGUUCUCAUAGGAAGAGAUUCGUCCAGAAAUGAGACAGCAAUCGGUAUCACCAUGCUUGCGCUUUUCUUCAUAGCAUUUUUAUCUCAGCUUGGAAAUGAAUGGUAUGCAUUAUACAGACAGACAAAGAGACUCGGUGCUGAAAACAAGUCUUUCUGCUCUGGUCUGAAAGCAGCAUCAAUUGGAUUCCUCUUGUUUUUCAUUCCUCAAAGAUUGAUCAGAAAGCUUGAAAGCGGGUCUGCACUGUUAGAUCGUGUACUCAAGGAAACCGGGGAUGUUACUUCACCUUGUGACAGGAACCGGAGUUCUGGUAGUAGAAGCUCAGGUACUGAUAGACCAUGGCAUAAGCAAUUCAGAGAACUAGCAAAGUCCAGCUUUAGUAAAGAUAGUAAUGUAACUACAAGUGAUCCGUCAACAAGUCGUGUCAGAUGGAGUGGAUUCUGGAACCCUAAGAGAAGUGGGAGCUCAUCUAAGGAUUCAUCAGCAGACUUCAAGUCAAAACCAAGAGGAUUGCACAAAGAUUUAGAAGCUAUUUUUGCUUCCAAGUCAUAGACCUCUCUUAUUCAUACAACAAUAUGGAGUUCAUGAGACUAAUAUUCUGGCUUUACUGGUUACUAGACUACAAAGGUGGAUCUGAAGCGGGUUCUGUGGAUUCAACUGAACCCUUUGAUUUUAGUUCGAACUAUGUAACCAUGUAUUUGUAUGCAAAAAAAAGAAGAAGAAGAAAAUGUAUACAUAUAAUAAGACUACACUUAUUCUGAACUCAUUGACUUAAGUUGUAUCUGAGCUUAUGUAUUUAUAUUUUGGAUUGGAUUUGCCACUGCUUGACUGGUAUCUGUUCUUAUGUUUUUAGGAGGUUCAUGUUAUA